AUGUCAUUCAUCACUUCUCAUUUUCCGGUGUUCACGGAAGAUCCGUUCCUCAGCCUAAGACCAUUCCCCGAACACCCUACAAACUUCCUAGAAGAACACUGGCAUGAGGUCCUUGCCUCUUUCUUGUUCUACUUCACGGCCCAGUUGUUGCUGGCUCCGUUUUCAACAGCUUAUUUCGGCAAAACCUAUACCCAGUUGCCUCACAAGACCAAAGUCAACUUCGACAUCCAUGUAGUGUCUAUGGUGCAAUGUGUGAUAUCAAUUGGUAUCUUGAUUCCAAUGUGGAACCACUCCCAUUGGCAGAACCGAGUUGAAGAUCCUUUCAGCUCCAUCUUGGGCGCCUCUAACUACGGAGGCUUUGUAGCUGCCUUGACUAUAGGCUACUUCCUUUGGGACUUGUACGUUUGCGUCAGAUGGUAUUCGCUAUUUGGCCUCGGCUUCUUGUUCCACGGCUUUGCAGCCUUCUAUGUCUUUUCUUGUAGUUUAAUUCCGUACUGCCAGCCUUGGAUCCCAGCCUUCCUUCUCUUUGAGUUGUCUACACCUUUUGUUAACAUCAACUGGUUCGCUUCUAGACUUCCAGCUGGAACUUUCAACGACACAUUUGUAAUUGUAAAUGGCUUGGGUCUCUUGAUCACGUUCUUCUCUGUGAGAAUUGCCUGGGGCUUCUACGCUGCUUUUAUGGUGGCGACGGAUAUGUUUGCUGUGUUUGGUAAAACCCACUGGUUUUUGCCUGUAACUAUCUUGGGCUUGAACUUGAUGUUGGAUAGCUUGAACGUUUUCUGGUUCUACAAGAUGGUCAUGAUUGCUAAGAAGAAGAUCUUUGGCAAGAGCCACCACAAGAAACUUGAGUAG